AUGGUUCAACAAGUUUCAAGUCUCUCAGACCUUACUUUGUGUCCAAUUCCUACAACACUCUCCGAUAGAGGAGACGACUUCAUCAUGGUUCUUUGGGGUGGGUCGGCGGAUAUGGGAUCCUGGGAAAUCAUGUUUAGGGAGAAGAAACAAUUUGGUGAUAGAGAAGAUAACGACAUUACUCUGGAAACGACCGCUAUGGAAACCACAAUGGAGAAAAUGGCGAGUCGGAGAUGA